UCGCAUAUCGAUGACGUAGGUGGAUGAGAAGUUGUUGCUGAAGCAGCAAAGUUGGCUACAGCCUCUGUGGAUGUUCAGAUGCUUCCAAAACAUAGCAGCAGACAGAGGUUAUUAUUUAUCUUUAUCUCACGAUGUCUUGGGUGAAAGCUGCUUCUUUCAGUGGGGAAGAUGUGUUCGACGAGAACGCGGACGACCUUAAUUUACAAACUAAAGAAUGGACGUCCAACAUGAAGAAACGCGUCAAGGACGGUUACGUGGACGGAGUGGAAGCCGGCGAGGAGGCGUCGCUUCAGGUCGGAUUCAAUCUAGGUUUUAGAGAAGGAGCCGCUCAAACUGUGGCCGUGGGCCGCCUCAAAGGAAUAGUAAGUGCGAUAUGGUGCUGGUGCCAGAUCCAACAUCCAGAAAGCCCCGUCCCGGCCUCUGUGACGGGGCUCCUGCAGCGCGUGGCGCAGCACGAAGACCGGAUCACGGACGGGAUAAGAAAGGCUUUGGAGAAUCCUCCCCCGAGCGUCAGCGACGUUUCGGAGAGCAUGGAGGAUCUGGAGGUGGAACGGGCGGAUCGGUGCAGCGGCACAGAGGGAUGCAAAGAGCAGAACUGCUGCGGGAGAGGGGGAGACAUGGACCUGGACCUGGACCGUCCACGCCACUCGCAGAGCAGCUGUCCAGGGAACGCCGUUUCCCCCCCCGGCUCAGGUGAGGGGCUGCACCUCCUGCUGCAGAGCUGUGAGGAUCUGGUGUCGGAGCUGGGACUGCCACGAGAGCUGCUCGCACACAUAGACGAGCUGAGGAACAUUUAAUGAUCAGGCACAUCAUCCCGCUGCUGCUGAGCCACGAAACUUGAAUUGUUACACAAAGCGGCUUUUAGUGUGACUUUUUUUUUUUAUGCUGAAGAUAUAAAUAUUUCAUGUACAUAAUGUAACAUAUUUUUUAUUGAUGAUUUAUCAAAUAUAAUUUGAAAAUGUUUGAAAAUAAAUACCUAAAUCCUGUUAAAUAAU